CAAGAUAGCCAGUCAAACAGUUAGUCAGUUAGUCAGUCAGUCAGUUAGUCAGUCAGUCAACCAAUCAGUCAGUUGGGCAGUCCACUGAUUUUGAUUGAUUAUUGAACCCCAAACUCGAAACUAAAAAUUCGAACGUGCCUUGUUGUGUACGUGUGUGUGUGUGUGUGUGUGUGUGUACACACAUACUUAUCUCUAUCUGUAUCUAACAGCGGCCGGCAGACUUUAGCAGCAGUCGCAGCAGCAGCCGCAGCAGCAGAGCAGCAGCCGCAUCGCAUCCAGCAUACAGUUUCAGUCUCCGUCUCAGUCUCAGUCUCAGCCGUCAGUCCAAUAGUCAGAGUCAGAGUCAGAGUCAGUGUCAGAGCUCACUCUCUCGCACCCGCCGGCUGGAGGAUAUCUUUGCGCUUGGUUCAGUUUCAGUUCGCAUUCGGACGCGUGCUGUUGCGGCCUCGCCGACAGUGUAAACGGAAUCAGUGCGCGCAUACUUAUAGCAACGACUGUGUCGCGUAUUCAACAACAAAAAAUCAACAUAUAUAUAUUAAUAUAUAGCUAUACACGUGUCUGAAGUUCAGUGACAAUCGCAAGAGUAUAUAGCGCAGCAUAAAUACUUACACAAAUGUAUGCAUAUACAUAUUGUACCCGUGUGUAAAAAUUUGAUCAACAAAAAUCAAGCGCCGCCUAAUUACUGCUUCUAUAUAGCAUAUACGAUUCUGACCCGUAAAGUUCAAUAAAUAUAAAUAAAUUAUUGUGCGACCGAGUUUUUAGUUGAUGUGUUAGAUCACAGCGAACCCAUCCUUAUAGACACAACGCAAAAAUCAUAUAUACAAUAAACUAAUAUAUAUAUAUAAACAUAUAUAUUACAACAAAAUGAAGCUGUUUGCAGUAUUCUUGGCUUUGACGCUCUAUGCGCUGACGCUGGUGCAGUGCCUCAGCCUGCCCGAUCCCAAUGUGAAGUGUGCCAUGGAGUGCGACACGCAGGAGAGUAAAUAUAUAUGCGCGGCGGAUGACAAAGGCACCACCAAAACAUAUCGCAAUGUUUGCAUUAUGAAAACGGAGAAUUGCCUGCAGAAUGCGAACUUUCAAAAGAUCAGCGACAAGGAGUGUCCAUAGAUGCUAGAUUCAACUCUAGUUUUGACAGUGCGCAGAGAUUUGGAAAGAUGAAAAAACUUCAAUUUGAAAAAAAAAACAAAAGAAGAUUUUUGGGCCCUGUUGCCGCUUAAGUUGUUUGGCUUCUUUUCUUGCGUGGUAUUUGUGUGUGAUAUUUUUAAGUUGUGCUGCAGCAGAAUACAAAAAAAAAAACCCUCGAACCAUCCCAAUCACAGCCCGAUACCCUACACCCCUCCACCCCCUCCACCAGCCUUCACAAAUAUGUAAUACAUAAUGAUAAUAUAUUUUGUAAUUAUUAAUUUUAAAAUAUUUAAUAAAGUAAUAUACAUACAGUAAACACAA